AUGGACAAUUGUUCAUCUGCUAAGGUCCCCAUGGCCUUCGGUUAUAAGAUCUCUGCUGAUCCCUCAGGCGAAUAUGUGGAUCACAAGACUUAUAGAGGCAUCAUAGGCUCUUUGAUGUAUCUCACCGCAGGCAGACCGGACAUUGCCUUUGCAACUGGUGUUUGUGCAAGGUAUCAGACUAACCCGAAAGCAUCUCACCUAACCGCAGCCAAGCAGAUUCUCCAGUACCUGAAAGGAAGCAAAUCUCUUGGUCUAUGGUACCCCGCAGGCAAUGACUUCAGCCUACAAGCCUUCACAGAUGAAGAUCAUGCCGGAUGCAAGCUCGAUCGAAAAAGCACUUCAGGUGGAUGUCAAUUUCUGGGAGAAUGUCUCGUCAGCUAG